AUGUCGACCGUCUCGUCGGACAGGCCUAUAAGCCCGGCCACCACCCGGGUCAGCUGGAUUGGGACCGCUGUCCACCCGUUCUCCUCAUCGUACGCUACCCCGCCGAUGUCCGCCGCGUCGCCCUCGACGCCGCCACCGGCGUCUUCCCGGGGCUUGUCCCCGGGCUCCGUCCUUGUCGACAUGCCCACCAACGACCCAGCCCUCACCUCUGAUAUCGCCUCCGCAUUCGCCGUCGAUGCCUUUGUCUUGGGCGGCGUCCGUGGGGCUCGGACGAGCACACUUUCGAUCUUUGCGGGCGGGGAGGAGGCGGUCGUCCAAACUCCGGUCAGCUGGAUCGGGACCGCCGUCCACCCAUUCUCCUCAUCGUUGGCUACCCCUCGUCCUCGUCAUCGCCUUCAGAACCUCCACUGA